UCAAUUAAAUAUUUUGUCACUCGUCGCAAUCGCAAGUGCUUUCUUGUUGAAAUACUUUAGAUUAGAAACGCCUCUGUUAAAAUAAAUGAAGAUGUGCGACGUGGAUAAAUGGAUAGAAAUUGCGAAAAGGUGUAAAUAUUUGCCGGAAGAUGAUUUACGGGAACUGUGUAACAUUGUCUGUGAUCUAUUGUUGGAGGAGCCCAAUGUACAACCGGUCCAGACCCCAGUAACUGUUUGUGGUGAUAUACACGGACAGUUUUAUGACUUGGAAGAACUGUUCAACAAAGGUGGACAAGUACCAGACACAAAGUACAUAUUCAUGGGAGACUAUGUUGAUCGAGGCUACUACAGUUUAGAAACGUUAACACUAUUGAUGGCACUUAAAGCUCGGUACCCAGACAGGAUAAUCUUGCUAAGAGGAAAUCAUGAAACUUGUCAAAUCACAAAAGUUUAUGGUUUCUAUGAUGAAUGCCUCAACAAAUAUGGAAAUGCUAAUGCCUGGAAAGACUGUUGCCGAGUUUUUGAUCUCCUUACUGUUGCAGCUUUAAUAGAUGAAACAGUACUUUGUGUUCACGGUGGAUUAUCACCAGAAAUAUCGAUGCUUGAUCAAAUCCGAUGUAUUGAUAGAAACCAACAGAUACCUCAUAAAGGAGCCUUCUGUGAUUUGCUGUGGUCAGAUCCAGCAGAAGUUAAAAUGUGGUCGGUAAGUCCCAGAGGCGCAGGAUGGCUGUUCGGCAGUUACGUCACAGAAUUAUUUAUGAACUACAAUAAUUUAAAUCUUAUAUGUAGAGCACAUCAACUUGUAAAUGAAGGUUACAAAUAUAUGUUUGACAAGAGAUUGGUAACGGUAUGGUCGGCGCCAAACUAUUGUUAUCGUUGCGGCAACGUUGCUUCCAUACUGGAAUUCAAAACAGUGAAUGAUAGAACACCAAAAUUAUUCCAAGCUGUGCCCGACAGCGAGAGAGAAGUGCCUCCACAACACACCACACCAUACUUCCUUUGAGUAUGUUAAGCAAAGUGAUAACUUUAGAACAAUAAGACAGCAAGUAUUCCCAAGUGUAAUUAGGUAAAUAUUUUGUAUAAUAAAUUGUUGGAUAUUGUA